AUGCGCAUACUCAACGCAGCGGAUUUUCAAAAUGGCGGACAGGCCAAAGGGAGAAAUAAAAGAACCAAAGUGGUUUUACAACGAAUUCUCGGCAUACACCCCCGUGAAAAAGGCUAAUCCACAGAGAAAAGAUACAAAGCUCUACGAUAUUGUAGUUACGGAGGUUGAUAAAGCCAACAAAAUAUUGAAAAUCCACUAUGUUGGGUACAGCUCACGCUUCGAUGAGUGGAGACCUUUCGGGGACGAUGAAGGAUCUGAAUAUUUCCCGUUUGUUCGUAAAGAAAAGCGUUUAUUCCAUCCGAAAAUUCCCUUGUGGAUAGACCACAAACAUUUCACGGUCAACUUUUUCGUGAAAUAAAGAAAAAGCUUUGGUCUGGGCGGCGAGAGGACCCUGAAAUCAGCAUAGACUUCAUUGUUGAUCAGGAUGUUUUUAUAGAAGGUCUUGGAAGUGUUUUGCCUGAGGAAAAAUGGUUUACCAAGUAA